UGCUCGCGCUGCUGAGACAGGCUGAGCACUGAGGACCGGCUGCGCGCGCUCACAGACUCCCACUCAGCCACACACUCCCCAAACAAAGAGAAGCACGCGAGGCAGCGCAGCAUCCCACCCGUUCAGCCGCGAGCCCAGAGGCACUUGCAGAACCGCCCCCCCCCCCAACCCCACACCCCACACCCCCCACCGAAAGAAACCGGUCCGGCCCCAGGCUCGAGCGCACAGAAGCGACCAUGUCAACCAACGGCGCCACCAACGGAACCAGCGACAUGCUGCAGAUCCAGUUCGGUCUGAUCAACUGCGGGAACAAAUACCUCACGGCGGAGACGUUCGGCUUCAAGAUCAACGCGUGCGCCACGAGCAUGAAGAAGAAGCAGAUCUGGACCCUGGAGCAGAGCGGCGACGACUCCACCGGGAACGUGUUCCACCUCAAGUCACACCUGGGCCGGUACAUCGCCGCCGACAAGGACGGGAACGUCACCGGGGACAGCGAGACCCCGGGCCCCGAGUGCCGGUUCGUCAUCACCGCCCACGACGACGGCCGCUGGUCCCUGCAGUCCGAGCCGCACGGGCGCUACCUGGGCGGCACCGAGGACCGGAUCAUCUGCUUCGCCCAGACCGCCUCUGUGGCGGAGAAAUGGAGCGUGCACAUCGCCAUGCACCCGCAGGUGAACAUCUUCAGCAUGACGCGCAAGCGCUACGCGCACCUGAGCGCCAAGGUGGACGAGAUCGCCAUCGACCGGGACGUCCCGUGGGGGGUGGACUCCAUGAUCACGCUGGUGUUCCGCGAGCAGCGCUACCACCUGCAGACCUCCGACAACCGCUUCCUGAGGAACGACGGCGCGCUGGUCGCCGCCACGGACAAGAGCACGGGCUACACGCUGGAGUUCCGCUCCGGCAAGGUGGCCUUCAGGGACUGUGGCGGCAAGUACCUCGCGCCCUCCGGGCCCUCCGGCACCAUGAAGUCCGGCAAGAGCGCGCGCGUGGGCAAGGACGAGCUGUUCGUGCUGGAGCAGAGCCACCCGCAGGUCGUGCUCACCGCCGCCAACGAGAGGAACGUCUCCACCCGGCAAGGUAUGGACCUGUCAGCCAAUCAGGAUGAGGAAGGCGACCAGGAGGUGUUCCAGGUAGAGAUUUGCCGCGAAAACAGGAAAUGUGCGUUUCGGACUGCCGCCGGGAAAUACUGGACCCUCACUGCAAAUGGCGGCCUGCAGUGCACCGCCUCCACCAAGUCAGCUAAUUGCUACUUUGACAUUGAGUGGCGUGGGAAGAGGCUGACUCUCCAGGCCGCCAAUGGGAAAUAUGUCGCCGCCAAGAAAAACGGCCAGCUGGCAGCCACCAUCGACUCUGCAGGUGAGACGGAGGAGUUCAUCAUGAAGCUGAUCAACCGCCCGAUCAUCGUGCUGCGCGGCGAGCACGGCUUCAUUGGCUGCAGGAAGGUGACGGGGACGCUGGACUCCAACCGCUCCACCUACGACUACUUCACCCUGGAGUUCAGAGACGGCGCCUACAGCCUGCAAGACUCAACGGGCAAAUACUGGAUGAUCGGGAACGAGCAGUCGGUGGUGAGCAGCAGCGACACGCCCGUCGACUUCCUCUUCGAGUUCUGCGACUACAACAAGCUGGCCGUCCGCCACGCCCCGGACGGCAAGUACCUCCGCGGCGACCACGCCGGCGUGCUGAAGGCCAACGCCGACGGCCUGGAGACGGCCACGCUCUGGGAGUACUGAGGGGGGUGGGGAAACCGCGGGGAUGUGGUCGCCCACUGCUGCGAUGCUGAUGAAUGAAGUGUGGCGACGCAGCACAGCAGCCCCCCCACCUGUCCAUACAUCUACCUAUUCACCCCCUCCCCCUCCCUUUCCCUUCAUUCCUUAUAUCGUGUCCUUUACUUAUGACUUUAUGUUUUGAUAAACUGCACAGGGAGAACGGGAAGGAUAGAGGAAGGAAGGAGACGCCUCUCCCUCUCUCAUGACUCCUUUCCUUCCUUUUAUCCUUCCUCUCUCCAUCUCCCAGCUCUGCUCUGCCGACCUGUAUCUGUUGCCAUAGUUACCGAGGGGCUGUGCACUUUUUCUGCUCCGAUCUGGUUCGCUGCUCGACCUGUCACUCCACUCCCUCCUUUGCCUUACGAUUGGGCCGUCCCUCUCCCGGAGCAGAGCAGAGUUUAAAGAGCCCCCUCCUCUCUUGAGUUGAGCCCCUCGUCCCUCUACCUGUCUCCGUUGUCUGUGUGAGCGGCGCAUGGUGGCAGUAUUUAUGGUGUCUGACCUGGUCUGGUCGAGGCGUUUCCACCUGAUCCAAUCUCCCAAAACACACUCGUUCACCUCCUGGAUUAAAUCUGCUUCCUGUCAUCUGGAUUGGAAAGAUUAAGAAAGUGUGUGAGGGUUGUUUUUCUUUCUCUCUCUGCUGCAGAUUGGUUCAUGUGGAAACCACCAGACCAAACCAAGUACGUUUGUUUUCAUGAGUGUGACGACUGUGAUAUAACUGGAGUGGAUCUUAUGAUGAUAAAAGAUAUCGAACGCGAUGUAACUGACGGGAUUAACCGCCCCCCUCUCUCUUCAUCUCAACCGUAAAAAUAUUGAAAUGUAAACCAGUUUCCUGUGACGUUCUCUAGCUCUUUGGUCGGCGGGGAGUCGGGUUUCCUGAACCAAACAGGAUAUAGGAAGUUGUCACUUGUCCUCCUUUUCCCCUUCUCCCUCCACAAGCUAAACUUAUUGUCCCAAGAACAGUAUAAAGAAAACAAAAAAGUAAAAAAAUGUUUACUGCACUCAAAGGUCUUACUGGAAAAACACCGUUGGAAUUUUCUUUUUCUAUGUCCAAGGCACAGACAUUAUCAUGGUGUAGGGGAACAGUAGGAGUGAAAUGAUUAAUGGAGCCUUUUGAAAGCUGCCUUUUUUUUUUUCAGUCCCUCGACCGAACGUUAAACCUCAGCCUUUAUCUAGACCAAACCUUUCAAACUGGAUUAACAAGCCGUCAUCUCUCACACGACCAACACAACUGGAACCUGGUGCUACUAACGAACUCACAGCGUGUUAAGAAAUGUUCCCGUCCUGCCGAGCAUCUCGCGCACACUCCGCCCCGAGAGCCUUUGCCAUAUAACCAAAAAUAAAUAGUAUCAUAAAUCUGCUUUUUCUUUGAUUUUUAAUUUCUGUCUGAACAUUGACCAGCGUCAUGACAGCCUUCACAAUGACUAUAUGACCAAAUUUUUAUUUGUGUAUGUGGGAUGUUUUAUGUUCCCGACUCGUCGGUGUAGCUGGUGGGAGGGAUGAGAAGAAGCUGACUGAAUUUAUCAUUUAUUUAACUGAAAUGUCCGUUAGCACAUCGCACCCACGGGUCCCAACCUCUUCUACUCUCUAGCCUUUGUCGGCCUGCUUUCUCCAUAAUACAUUAAGCAGCAGUGUCGGAUUAUUAUGAUUUCUUUUUUUUUUUUUAAAGCUUAUUCUGGCACCAGAACUAUUGGGCUCCUGCUCCCAUUUUCAUUUUCAUCGUCAUAAAACGUUCCUCUGGUAAGGAAAUCAGCACGGAAAGCCAAUCGCCGCUCUGACCACUUUUGCAUGAAGGGUUGAGAAUCUCGAGCAAAAUAAAAGGACCGCUUAUCUCCAAGGUUGUCUCCAAGGUAACCGAGACUGAGGCUUGUGGAAGGGUAAACGUGGUAAUGACUGUGCCUUACUCUUGAGUUUUUGGGCAGUAUUAAAAAAAUAAAUAAAUAAAUAAAAAGAUAAAAAAUAGAAUUGAAGUCCACAUCUUUGCUUUGUAUAACUGGAAUUUCCUUUUGUAUUAUUUUGUAUAAUUUUUUUUCUCAAUAUUGUGGAUUAAUCUCUUGUGCCAUUGGUUCACCUGGAAUCCAACGACCAAUAAAACUGGGAUUUGGAAAACUAA